UGACCCAACAGAAUGGCAGAAGCUCCACAGUCCAACUCCACCUUCUCACGCCCAACCUUCUUCAUACUGACUGGCAUUCCAGGGUUAGGGGGUGCCCAGGCCUGGCUGACACUGGUCUUUGGGCCCAUGUAUCUGGUUUCCCUGCUGGGCAAUGGAGCACUGCUGGCAGUGGUGCAGAUAGACUCCACCCUGCACCAGCCCAUGUUUCUGCUCCUGGCCACCCUGGCAGCCACAGACCUGGGCUUAGCCACAUCCAUAGCUCCAGGACUAUUGGCUGUGCUAUGGCUUGGGCCUCGGCCUGUGCCAUAUGCUGCCUGCCUGGUCCAGAUGUUCUUUGUUCAUGCACUGACAGCCGUGGAAUCUGGUGUACUGUUGGCCAUGGCCUGUGAUCGUGCUGUGGCAGUAGGGCGUCCACUGCACUACCCGCUCCUAGUCACCAAAGCCCGUGUAGGCUAUGCAGCUCUGGCACUGGCACUGAAAGCUGUGGCUAUUGUUGUGCCUUUCCCUGUGUUAGUUGCACAUUUUGGGCAUUUUCGAGCCAAGACCAUAGACCACGCCUACUGUGCACACAUGGCGGUGGUAGAGCUGAUGGUGGGUAACACAUGGGCCAACAACUUGUAUGGGCUGGUGCUUUCAUUGGCCGUGUCAGGUAUAGAUAUUCUAGGCAUCACGGGCUCUUAUGGGCUCAUUGCCCACGCUGUGUGGCGGCUGCCUACCUGGGAAGCCCGUGCCAAGGCCUUUGGUACAUGUAGUUCCCACAUCUGUGUCAUUCUGGCCUUCUAUGUGCCUGGUCUCUUCUCCUACCUCACACACCGCUUUGGUAGUCACACUGUCCCAAAGCCCGUGCACAUCCUUCUUUCUAACAUCUAUUUGCUGCUGCCACCUGCCCUCAAUCCUCUCAUCUAUGGGGCCCGCACUAAGCAGAUUAGGGACCGGCUCCUAGAAACCUUCACAUUCAGAAAAAGCCAGUUCUAA